AUGGAGAGAACUCUGCUGGGCAGACAGCGCUCUUCCUGUCCGCACUACUGGGCCAUACUUCCGCUGUGCGCCUCCUACUGGCCUUUGGCGCCAACCCCAACCAGUGACCGCUGCCUCGAUGGCAGCACACCCACGCACGCAGGUGCCUCCUCAGGCCGAGGCUUGGUGCUGUGGCACCUGCUGCAGGCAGGAGGUGACCUGCGUCUGCGUGACCAGCAGGGUCGCACACCACGAGACUGGGCUGAGCAGGGUGAUAGCAAGCAGAGGUGGGAGGUGCUGGAACUGAUGCAGUGGUGCCGGACCCACAUGUCAGCACUGGUGCAGAGUGGGGAGUUGGCGCCCAGUGGGUCCCUGAGUCAGUUGCAAGCUAGCUCUGGACACAGCCUGUGUGGCUCCCUGCCCUCACUAAGGCUGGUCCAGGCAGACAGGGCACUGAGGCAAGGGCAGAUCAGAAGCUCCCCCAAAACUCCAGCGUUGGGAUUCGGCCAGCUGAGCAGCCUGCAGCCACCAGCACUGAUAACGGGCAUCCCAGUAGUAGACCCCAAGGAGCUGGUACCAACCCAGGGUGAGCCUGACAGUACCUACGACAGCAGUUCUCAUACCAUCAUGACCAACCUCCUGUGGAAGGGCCACCCAGUUACCGUACGGCAGCUGAAGAGCCCUGAAUCCAGCCCUGAUGUGCUAUUGGCUGACCUUCAGCUCUGCAGGUUACCCAAUCUAUGUGGGACGUGUUGUAAGCCUAGAGAGGAGGAAGGGCAUCCUGCACCACCCUGGCCUGCUGCUGCUGAUGGCACUGAGCCCCUCAGAGGACCUGUCUAGACUGAGUCUGCUCUUCGAGCCGGUGUGGCUGGGCUCCCUUUAUAUCCUGUUGCAUUCUGCAAGACUGGAUGAGGA